AUUUUCUACAAAACAGCUGACGGUCACGUUGACUUGAUUGACGUUGUUCAUAGCAAUUUAUCAACGGACACUAUACAUUCACAAAUCGGUCAAGUACACCACGAGUCGGUUGCACUUGAAUUAUGUCCUGUCGCACAAAGAGUCAGAAGAAAUGCUCAUUCGCGUUCCACAAUGGUCACUUUUGUGCGACCCGGUGGAUAUUUACGCUCCCAACAUGGCUGGAAGACUGUGUCGGCUGGGAAAAUUGCCUUCAAAAUUCGUACACUCAAACUGAAUUGCCUUCUUUUAUUCUCGUCUUCUGAAUGGCCUGUGACCGAGAAGAAGGCAGUUUUAUCAAGAGACAGACCUAUUCAUCCAAUUAACCCGGUCGAUAGACUAAUGGGAAAGGACCACUUCUCUGUGGAACUGCGUGAAGGAUACCUGGUCCUUCUAAUUAACACGGGAUCUGGAAUCAAUGAGUUCGCAACUGAUGAUAUUUGGAGAGGUAACGGGAGAAGAAGCAGCUGGUUCGUUGCAGAUGGUCGUGCUCAUCAAGUGGAAAUUCAGCUUACUAAUGGCACAGUAAUAGUUAGAUUGGAUGGACAAAUGCAGAAUAUGAGCCCAAAAAAGCAACCAAGGUACAUGGCAUGCAACAUUAGGCUCAUGGUAGAUGAAAUGGUUGGAUUUAGAUACACUGUCUUGAAUUUAAACGGCCACCUCUAUAUCGGGGGUUUGUCUGAAGAACUUAGAACCAGUGCCCCACCUCAGGUGUGGUCAGCUCGUCUUCGUGAAGACUUCGUUGGCUGCCUUGGCGAUUUGUUCGUCGAUGGGAUGCUCCUGGACCUGGAAUUAGAGACAACGGCUUAUUGGGCCAAAGGGUAUGCUCAGGUGGGGGAGAGCACCUUAACAUCGCCAGAUGGUGCCUGUUCCACACUGCAGAAGGCAUGUUUUCCUGGAGAAUGUCUUCGAAUGUCAUGGGUGGAGCCAGUAUGCGACUGCACCAACACGAACUAUGCCGGAACAAACUGUAAACAAGAGUCGCAUGUGCUGACGUUCAACGGGUACCAGGGCAUCAGAGUGCAGCUUUCUUUGUUACCGCAGCAGUCGGAGGCAGAAAGUCUCAUUCUUCGAUUUCAGACGUCCCAACAAGAUGCGCUCUUAUUUGAAAGUAGUAGCGCCACUUCCACUGCUCCUGAUCGUUUUAGUGUGCAGAUACUCAAUGGAAGAAUCGUGGUAUUUUACAACUUGGGUGCUGAGACCAGAUCCGGCGAACGGAUAAAGUAUGCAAAUAUUCCAAAACAUUUUGGAAAUUAA